UGAUACCCCGUGCGUGUCGGGCUCUCCGUGCAAUGUUGCGGUUCCCCAUGUUUGGGGUUUUGGCUUUGCUCGUGCCGGGUGGUGCGCAGUUCUUGAAGCAAAACAGCUCCCAGCUUUCCAACGAGACGUCGGCGGAUCAGCAGGCGGCGGACCAGUCGGCCCUGGCAGCGCUGCGCAGCCUCUCUCAGUGGCAGUGGAGGGCCGCGCUGGGCCUCGUCUCGGUGGUGGCGGUGGCCGCGCUUGCGCUGCGGUGCACGAAAUCCGCGCCGCUGGAGCGAGGGACGUCCGCCGCCCAGGAGGAGCUGACGGCCAUGCUGCAGGAGUCUCAAGCACAGCAGCAGCACAGCACUGGCAUCAAGUUCAAGAUGCGCCUGUUGCUGAAGCGAUGGCUCGGCAACAAGAGGGCCAACCGCAUCAUUGCUGAUGCAUCCAGCGGCACUACAAAGAACAUCAAGUUAGCCUUUGAGUUGCUAGUGCUGGUGAUGUGCCUUUUCUACUUGGACUUCAUUCUAGAUAUCCAGGCAUGUAUCACCUUCUACCAGACGAACAACCCACGGUUCCUGAUGAUGAACCUUUCUGCAAUGUUUGCCGCAGCGGUGUACACGGCCUACCACGUAUUUGUUCAUGGAGACCGGCUUUUGGCGGACCUCUCCAGGCAGGAGGUGUUCACGUUGGGUGUCGCUUACGUCUUCCAGCUGCAUGUGGUGUAUUUGUGCUGGAUCAGCUGGAAGCGCGGCAAGAAGCAUCAGCUGCUCAUCGAUUCCAAGUUCGCGGAGGCGGCCAUCGAGGCCGUGGUGUCCGCGCUGGUGCAGACCUACGCGGUGAUUUUCGGCGCCGCGACCUUGUCGGGAUAUCAGCAGCUGACGCUCUACGUCUCCAUCUUGGGCAGCUUGGCCUCGAUAUCCAACGCCUUUUCGCUCUUCGACUCGCCCAGUGGCCUGGACGAGGCCCCAGGCAACGUGGGCCAAUUGAGCCCCAAGCUGCUGCUGGUGAACGCCUUCCGCCUCUCGGAGCUCACACAGAAGAUCUCGCUCUUGGCUCUCUUCCAAUUGGCUUUCCGGCCCUUCGGGGGCUGUUUGGUGGCCUUCGCCAACUACGUGCUGCUGACGAUCUUCAUUUGGUGCUUCCAGGGCCAGGCCUCCUUUGCGCUGCCCUGCAUGUUCGCACUCAUCAACCCCAUGCUAGAGAAGUACAACGCCGUGACGCUGCCCCACAGCUUCUACUACGCCUUCCGCGCUCUGGAGACGGCGGGCCUGGUGCUGGCGGUGUGCCUGUGGCGGACGGAUCUCCAGACGCUGUACCAGCACGCUGUGCCUGCCGUGACUGCACUCUUAGUGUGUACAAUCUCCAUGGCGCUGCUGCUCCCGGUGAUCCGCUGCCUCGCUUGGCCCGGCCUGGCCGAUCCCAAGGUGUACACCAUGGCGGAGUGGACAAAGAAGCCCUUCAGUGCAGCCCAGCAUAAGCUGCGCGAGGCAGUGCUGGCAGGUCCCGAGCGUGAUACGGCUAUCCCGGUGAUGCUGGCGCCCGCUCGCCGUGUCCUGGAAGUGGCCGUGAAUAUCAACAAGACGAAUUUGGACGCGUUCAUGCAGGAGGUCGGGGAGGAAGCCAUCAGUCAAAGCUUGUCGCCGCCGCCCACGGAGUUCAUGCGCAAGGCGCUCCACGUCAUGGGCAACACGCCUUUGGAGGAAGAUUCCAAGCUGCGGCAGGGGCUGCUGAGAUUUGCGCUGCAGACACUCAACGACCACCCCUCCUUGAUGAUCAGAGUCUUCGUAGAGAGCAAGGGGAUCGAUGCUGCUGCGAACCUGAUCCUCAAGGAGUGUGCGCUUACAUGGGACGGGCUUCAGUCCUUGCUUCCGGAAGACAUCCGCAACAGCUUUCUUUGCGCAUCCAGCACGUUACUGCGCCAGGCAGACGGCGCCGCUCUGCAGGGCUUCCAAUCAUCGCCCCUGGCCCGGGCUAUGGCAGCGGCAGUGCUGGAGCACAAGAUGGAGCCCAAACUCAUGAAGGAAGUGACGGUGGCGCUGGGCGCGGUCUUCAGCGGAGUUCCACAGCGACACUUCACCGAGAGCGGGCUGUGUGCCGCCUUCUCGGGCGCCUUGGCGGAGGGCUCUCUGGAGUUGCUGUGCGCCGUGCCCAUGCUCUUCGACUUGCUCCAAGAGGAUGUGGCUGUGAACGCCCAUCUGCGGACCGCCGCCGCGCACGUGUUGCCCAGCCUCUGCCAGAUGCUCCAGCGCUUGGACGCGCAGGCAACACCUCGCGCGCCGUCCAUGGCAUAUCAGCCGCUGAAAGGCAACGCCCAGGAUGCUUUGACUGUGGUGGAGAGCAGUAUUCAAUCUCUCCUCAGGUUUCUGGCUCGCACCGCACGGUACCUCUCCAGCGCAGAUGCCAGCAGCUGCUCCUACUACCUCCAGUCUUUCCUGUCGAAAUCUCUGCAAUCGGAGCAAGAGGAGCGUCAGAACAUCGCGCAGCAGGUGCAGCUGCUGGCGGGGGCAAAGGGGCUCACACGGCACUUGGAAGAUGCAGACCUGUCAGCUGCCAAGGAGCCAUUGCUGCAGGUCGCAGCAGAAGCGGGAAGCCUGGCGGGAGCCGAAGCCUUGCUGCGCCACAGAGCCUUGCCAGAGAUGAAGGAUGUCUUUGGCUGCACGGCCUUGCACUCGGCGCUGGCAGAAUCGGAUGUGGACAUCCUGCGGCUCCUGCACUCGGCCCAAGCUGCGGCGCCCCCCGAAGCCUCCUGCGACGCAGGGCACUCGCUGAAGAGCUUUGCGGCCGCCGGCGCCUCGUGCCCCGUUUGCCAAGUUCGGCUGGGCCUCUGGCGGGGCAAAAGCGGCUCCGCGCAUUUCAUCCUGCGCUGCCAGCGCGGGCAGCUCGUGGCCUUCGUGCAGGGGGUGGAGAGCUGGAGCCUCCCGUGCACCGUGGCCGUGGGUGAGGUGCGCCCGGUGCGCUGGCAGUCUCCGGAAGCUCAGCAAGCCUGGGGCGCAGGUGCCAACGUGGAGGUGAAGGCCACAGAUGAGUUGGUGGUGUGCGGAGAGCCGGUCUUCUUCUGCCAUUGGGACGAGGAUGGUUUGGUUGGUCAGAUUAUUUUCCAAGGACCUGACGUGUUCUUUGAUGGGCAGGGAGACCGCACACGAGUCGGUGGCCACGAUUAUGUGAACAUCUUCAGCCCCAGUGCAUUCACAGAUGGUCUGCACUAUUACGAGUUUGACCUUAAGCGGAUUGUGUGCAAUGUCGAAGUUGGCGUGGCGGCGAUAGAUGGUCCAAGUCAAAGUCAGAGGUACAGAUCUGGGUCUGCUGUAAGUUUUCCAACCUGGAAAGCCCGAUUCAAGCCCCAAUACCGCGUCUACGACAUCCAGAGUGGCAGAACCACGCACGCACAACUGAAAGCAGCUCCAGAGAACUGCACAGUUGGUCUGCUGGUGGACAUGAGCAAGGCAGCCAUGGUAUGGCUGAUGGACGGAGAGGUCAUUGGGGAGCCGAUCCUGAACAUGCCGGCGACCCUUUGCCUUUUCGCCUCCCUGGACACAGAAGGCGACCACAUUGCCGUGAGGCAGCCGACUCCUCCCAGUGCAGCCAUGAAGCGCUUGGAGCCGUUGCCCAUGACACAGGGCGUACGAGACUGGCUUUGUGGUGACUGCCUCACGAGGUACAAGAAGCAGGAUGAGGUGCAGCGCUGGAAAUGCCGCAGUUGUGGUGUGGACCUCUGUGAAAGCUGCCGCUUGGGUAUGGGCAGGUUGCCGGACGGUAGCUCCAGUUUGGCCCUGGCUGCGUGGCUGGAGCCAGGGGUCCUGGAUGAAGAAAGCUCUCCAGGAUUCCAGCUGCUGCUGGAGCGGCGAUGCUGGAGUCGUGGCCAACUGGUGGAGAGCAUGGUGAUGGCCACUUUGGGGAACCACGGCCGGCGUGUGCUGCACCUCCUCUUUGAGCUGAAGCGCCGGGAUCUAAGCGAUCUGUCCUUUGACGGCCGCUUCGCCAUGCGCGAGGCCCUUGGUGCCUGCAAGUCUCAGGAGGGCAAGUCUGAGGCCGUGCUCCAGAGGAUCGCCGAGAUGGCGCUGCUCGUCGGCCUAUAUACAGCCCAGCCGCUCGCCGUGGAUGCCAUCCUUGUCUUCCAGAAGAAGAGUAGCACGAACGCACCAGUCGCAUCACCACUCAAAGAUUCCACAGAGGACCAAGCUCAAUCCCCACAGAACAGCGACGAGGAGGUGGAUUCCGACAUGUUCGAGUCUGAGUGUGAGGAGUCUGGUGACGAACAGGAAAUGCCCAAGGAGCCAUGGUUUCGCUGUGCUCAACUACCUCCACUGAUUGGCGCCCUAAGUAGCUACUGCGCAACAGGCAAAGAGCUGCAACGACACGUGCAUGAUGUUUACCCUGCCCCGAACCUCAAGGAACGUACAUGCGCUUGUGGCGCCCGAGCUGACAUGGCGUGCGCCACCUGCAACUUCGGGCAAUGCAGGCAGUGCUUCUACUUGGCCGAGCGCCCAUUGACCCUGCAGCAUCAGGACUGCUGUGCUACGAUUUCCAAGCUGCUCUCGGAGGAUCCCAGCAGCAUCAAUCAGAAGCUCCCGCGCAAUCGCAAGUUCAGCCCCCAGCCGGGAGACUUUAUGAUCAGCGAGUCCAUGGAAUGCUUGCUCUACACCCAAGUCUUUGUGCUGGAGCGGGCUGGAGCACCAUUGAAGCCCAUCCCUUGUCGAGACAAGGAUGACCUGGGAGAGGAGCCCGGCCUCGCAUCCAGCGAUGAGGAAAGUGAGGUGGAGGAGGACCCCGUUCGCCUGAAACCCAGCGGCAUGUGGGAUGAUGAUGAUUCGGAGGAGGAGACUGCAGAGGACUUGGACCAAGAGUUGUUGGACACAGCACAGUUCGGCCACAAUCCAGACAUGUCCGCCCAACCGCUGCUGCAGUUUCAACGGAAAUCCACGGCCUUUCACCUGGCAGCUGCCUCCGCCUCCCCGAGCUUUCUGCAGCUACUCUUAGAGCAUCGUGAGGAAACUCAAGAGCACGAAGUCGUGUUUGACCAACCCAACCAGGACCACUCAAUAGAGCCAAUGAACAAGGCGAUCAAGGAGUGGGUGAGGUCAGGCGUGCUCAACGGCUCCGACAUCGGGAAUUGCGUUUUUGCCUUCGACGCUCAGCAUCACUUCCAAUGGCUGAAUUUUCUCGAUGAGCUCACAGAUGAGCAGUACCCCGUGCGCUUGGUGUGCGCUCCGAAUUCUUUGUCAUUUCGCUCCGCAUCGGGGGACACUGCGCUUCAUGUGGCAGCAUGUGCCAACCAAACUGCGCAGCUGAAGUUGCUCUUAGAGCACAAGGCUGAUCCCAGAGUUCGAAACGACCGUGGAGUCACCCCUCUCAUGUAUGCGCUCAAGGUUUGCGGAGAGGAAGCAGCGCUGAUGCUGAUUUCUGCCACUGCCAAGUUCAGCCCUCAAGCACUUGACGUCAUUGACAGCACGGGAACUGCAGCCAUCCACUUUGCGGUGUACUGUGGCCCCAUCGCCUUGCCAAUGGUGAAGCGGCUCCUGGAGGAACGAGCAUCAGCUACGGCCACAACCGACCGGCAGCGAAACCCCUUGAUGUUGGCAGUUCUUGCUGGCCAGCUCCAGGUCGCCGAGCAUUUGCUCAUGCAGUAUGCAGCAUGGUCUGAUGCAGUUUCCAAGAGCAUCAACGACAAGGACGAAGGGGGGUACACGGCGCUGCAGAUGGCUUUGGUCCUGGGCCGGCCGAACUUCGCCCGGGUCCUGAUCCAGGCCCGAUGCAGCCUGGACACGGCCGACAGCCACGGGCGUCUGCCGGUGGAGCUGGCGCGUUCUGAGGGCACCUUGGCGCUGCUGUGCGCGGACGCCCGCCGGGUGCCGCUGGCCUCUCCCAACGGCACCUCGGUGCUGCACCAGGUGCUGCGGCGGAAGGGCGGGCAGGCCAUGGCGGAUCUGCUGCUGCAGCAGGUGACGCUGCAGCGCCUCGUGGACGCCGCCAAGGACUCCAGGGACAAACACGAGAUCGAGUUCCUGCUGCACCACACCGCCCAGGCGACCAAGACCUCCAGCGCCACGGAACGUGAGGAGCGCUUCAAGCAGAUCGUGGCCUCUGCCGACCAGGACGCGCUCUCCAAGGUUCUGGUGGAAAUAACGAAGAGAGAAGUGAUCUCCAUUGCUGUGGUCAAGUUUGUGGUGGGGGCUGGCGCCCGAGCGCAAGAUGCCAUCGUGCCCGCCAUUGAACGUAGACGCGUGGCCAUUCUCAGCGAGCUUUUGAAGCAAGGCCCGGAGUUGCUGCGGCAAAUCUCUUCUGAGGUUCGAGCCGCCAUCCAGGGGCUCGAAGCAACGGAGCCCAACAAGGACGUGUUCAUCACCGUUGGCAAGGCAUUGCACCGGAGUGAGGCGGAAUGGACGCAAGCAGCAAGCGGCGUGAAGACUGCGCACCCCACGCAACACCCGCAAGGCUACCGUCAGUUGGCCUUGCGGCUAAUUGAUCAGGAAGCGGGUGAUGCCAAAGAUGCCAAAGAUGCGAAAGAUGCGAAGGAUGCCCGAUUGAAACCCCCCACGUAGCGUCAAAGUUGCGCGCUGCCUAAGGCACACCGGCACAAGACCUUGACCAGUGCCUAAGUUUGGCUGGC